AACCCUAGAUCCGUCUCAGCUGCGAAUUAUCCCCUCUGCACAUCAAUCGGGAGCACGAAGAGACAGAAACGGAGAAAGAGAAAGAAGGAGAGAUGGGAGUAGAGAUCCAGUCCCCGCAGGAACAGAGCUCUUACUCUGUUGAGCAGCUCGUCGCCGUCAAUCCCUUCAACCCUGAAAUCCUUCCUGAUCUCGAAAACUACGUUAAUGAGCAGGUUACAUCUCAAACGUAUAGUCUGGAAGCAAACCUAUGCUUGCUUCGGCUCUAUCAGUUUGAGCCUGAGCGCAUGAAUACUCAUAUCGUGGCUCGAAUCUUGGUCAAGGCUCUUAUGGCUAUGCCAACUCCAGACUUCAGCCUUUGCCUCUUCUUGAUUCCCGAAAGAGUGCAAAUGGAGGAGCAGUUCAAGGCACUAAUUGUUCUAUCACACUACCUUGAGACUGGGAGGUUCCAACAGUUCUGGGAUGAAGCUGCCAAGAACCGUCAUAUUCUCGAGGCUGUUCCAGGUUUUGAGCAAGCUAUCCAAGCAUAUGCAAGUCACCUUCUUAGCUUAAGCUACCAAAAAGUUCCAAGAUCUGUGCUUGCUGAGGCUGUUAACAUGGAUGGUGCAUCUCUAGACAAGUUUAUUGAGCACCAAGUGACUAGCAGUGGAUGGAUUGUUGAGAAAGAGGGUGGAAGUAUUGUCUUGCCGCAAAAUGAAUUUAACCAUCCGGAACUUAAGAAAAAUACAGGUGAGAAUGUUCCCUUGGAACACAUCGCUCGCAUCUUCCCCAUCCUUGGUUGAAUCAAGUUAUGAGGACACUGCAAAUUUUCCUUUUGUCUCUUGUUUUCUUGUGAUGUACUACACUUUUAAGACACAGUAAUGUGAAUUCUGGCACUGGCCUUCCUCUUUGCAUUUUGGAGAGAUUUUCUUAAAAAUCAAGUAGACCAAAGGCU